AUGACCAAAAUUAUUACCUCAUCAGUGUUCAACAUCCAACACUUGAAUAAAGUGACCGAGGAUGGAAGACCAAUCAUCAAACUUCCUAAUAGUGGCGACACUAGGGUCUUGAAGUUGAAUAAAGAAGAUUUGAUUGUUUCCGAGCCAGCAACCCCGAGAAGAUUGAGGAGAUACUCAAACUCUACAGUGGGUGUAUUGUUAGAAACUAUCUCCUGGAGGAAGACUGCGACCAAAUUCUUAAAGACAUCUCUCCCCGUUUAA